AUGUGCCAAUCUCCACUUCACGACUUUCUCCAGGGCCUCCCGAAAUGCGAGCACCACGUCCACCUGGAGGGCUGUCUGACCCCGCACCUCAUCUUCCAGCUCGCAGACCGCAAUGGCAUCGCGCUGCCCGACCCGGCCGCAAACCCGGAGUACGCGUCGGUGGAGGCGCUGACAGCGCGCUACGACCGGUUCACCUCGCUGGAUGACUUCCUGCAUUUCUACUUCGAAGGCAUGGCCGUGCUGCGCAAGCAGAACGACUUCGCCGACCUGGCGUGGUCGUAUUUCCAGCAAGCGCACGCCGACGGCGUACACCACGCGGAGGUGUUCUUCGACCCGCAAGUACACGAGAGCCGCGGCGUCCCAUACGAAACAAUUGUCGCGGGCUUCUCGGAGGGAUGUCGGCGGGCCGAGCGCGAGCUGGGCCUGACGACGCGGCUGAUCCUGUGCUUUGUGCGACACCUGCCCGUAUCCUCGGGCAAGGCCAUCUACGAGCAGUUCAUCUCGCACGGCCACUUCGAGGCUGGUGUCAUCCACGGCCUGGGCUGGUCGUCGACUGAGGUCGGCCCGCCCAAGGACAUGUUCCGGGAACUGUAUGCGUCGGCCGCGCAGAAGAAGAUCCCGCUGACGGCGCACGCCGGCGAGGAGGGUGACCCGUCGUACAUCCAUGCGGCGCUCGAGCUCGGCGCCCGCCGCAUCGACCACGGUAUCCGGCUCGUCGAGGACCCGGAGCUGAUGCAGCGCGUGGCGCGCGACGGCGUCUUGCUGACCGUGUGCCCGCUAUCGAAUGUGCGGCUGCGCUGUGUGCCGUCGGUGGAGCAGGUCCCCGUGCGUCGCUUCCUCGAGGCUGGCGUCAAGUUCUCGAUUAAUAGUGACGACCCGGCCUAUUUCGGCGGGUAUAUCCUUGACAACUACUGUGCUGUCCAGGAGGCGUUUCAGUUGUCAGUGCUGGAGUGGAGGAUCAUUGCGGAGGAUAGUGUGCAGGAGAGCUGGAUUGAGGACUCGCGCAAGGCGGAGCUAUUGGCGCGCAUUGAGGACCAUGUGAAGCGGUAUUUGCCCGGCGCGGUAUGA